AUGGAGUUACCACCUGAAGUUGUGACGGAGAUAAUCUCUUACUUGCCCUUCAAGCAAGCUGCACGAUUAAGCCUCGUCGCGAAGCGUUGGAAAAAUCUUUAUCGGGAAAUGAAGAACAUCGUCUUCAGAGAACCCGAGUUCGUGACGGUCCCGUUCACAGAAGAGGGAGGCACAACGCUCGAGAGAGUUUCCUUUGUUCAUCGAAUGCACCAAUGGAUCUCGACGACAUUCCCCGGUUACUUCAUCAACAGAUUCGAGAUUCAUUUCCCCAAACCAUACGGUUUCCAAGAAUCGAUCACUCCUCUGAUCCAAUUCGCAGUUUCAAAACAAGUCAAGAUCCUAGUCCUCGAUUUCUCAAACCCUAAUUCUAAAGUUAACUAUCGUGAAACCGUGUUCCGUUUACCCGGUUGCGUCUACGAUCAAACAACAACGAUCGAGUCUCUAAAGCUGAUCUCUUGCUUCAUAGACUGCACCAAGUUCAAGAACUCGACGGUGCUUAGAAGCCUCACCAUCGGCCACGUCGUGCUCCAAGAUCUCACAACCUUGCUGUCAAAUUUUCCUUCGCUUGUCAGUCUGAGAUUCGUAAGAUGUUCUUGUGACGACUACGACGUUAUGAUCAGGGAAUUUCGUUUCUUGCACCUUCGAUGGAGAUGUAAACAAGAGGAUGCAAGAAGCUUUCUUGGAUUUCACGUUAGAAGGACCAAGCGUUAG